AGUGAUUUGGUUUCGGGAGCGCUGCGCCGCGACCUCGGGGCCGCCGGGCUCGGCGUGAGCGGCGCGUGGCUUCCGCGCGUGGUGGGGACGGAGCCGGGCGAGGCGGGUCGGGUUCUUAGGGGUCUGGAGGGAGCGUGGCGCCCACCAGCGGCACCCCAGGCCCUCCCGCCUGGCCCCGCUGCCGGUCUGGCUUGUCAGGCUGCGAGGGGACCGAGGCGGCUCGGGGACCCUCCACCGCUCCCGGCCCCCGUGCGUGACCGGCUCUCCGGUUCCCAGAGCUCCAGCUCAGGAUGUUCGUCCUGGUGGAGAUGGUGGACACCGUGCGCAUACCCCCGUGGCAGUUUGAGCGGAAGCUCAACGACUCCAUUGCCGAGGAGCUGAACAAGAAAUUGGCCAACAAGGUGGUGUUCAACGUGGGACUCUGCGUCUGCCUGUUUGACAUCACCAAGCUGGAGGACGCCUAUGUAUUUCCUGGGGACGGAGCAUCGCACACCAAAGUCCAUUUCCGCUAUGUGGUGUUCCACCCUUUCCUGGAUGAGAUUCUCAUCGGGAAGAUCAAAGGCUGCAGUCCAGAGGGUGUGCAGGUCUCUUUAGGGUUCUUCGAUGACAUUCUCAUCCCCCCCGAGUCCCUGCAGCAGCCUGCCAAGUUUGAUGAGACGGAACAAGUCUGGGUGUGGGAGUAUGAGACCGAGGAAGGAGCACAUGACCUUUACAUGGACACUGGCGAGGAGAUCCGCUUCAGGGUGGUGGAUGAGAGCUUUGUGGACACGUCCCCCACAGGACCCAGCUCAGCAGAGACUGCCUCUUCCAGUGAGGAGCUGCCAAAGAAGGAAGCGCCGUACACGCUUGUGGGAUCGAUCAGUGAACCAGGCCUGGGCCUUCUCUCCUGGUGGACCAGCAACUAGCUUUCAAGUGUACAGUGACUGCCUAGACCUGUGGAAUGGAGGGUAGUCGGCAAGUUCUGUGGAGUGCCAUCAGCGUGUCCCCUACCUCCCCAGCCCUGCUCUGCCUCCUGGAGCCGGCCCCAAAGUCCUCUCCGCUGGAUUGUUUUUGAGACAGUCUCAUGUGUCCAGGCUGGCUCUCACUUGCUGUAUAGCAUAGAACAGCCUUGAGCUUCUACCUCCGGACUGCUGGGACUGCAGGUGUGCAGCACGUUGGGUCGGUGUGGUAGUGGGGACGGAGCCCAGGGCUUUGUGCACACUGGGCAGGUACUCUACCAACUAAGCUACUUCCUUAGCGUAGGACAUUUUAAAUUUCUAAAGUGCUGUGGAUGGAACCCAGGGCCUCUUGACUCAUGUUAGACAGGUCUUACACUACUGAGCCUAGGCCCUUUCUAUCCCUGUGAACUUCCGGUUUUCAGAGACAGCAGAAACAGUUAAUAAACAAUGGUGUUGGUGGCAAGAAACCCCACCCCAUUUAAUAGUUUA